GCAAAAUGUCUCUUCUUCAUCUUCUUCUUCUUCUAUGCCUGAUCACAUCCACCACCCACGCACAAUCCAACACUGAUUUCACCUUCAAUGGUUUCCAAUCCACCAACCUGACCUUGGAUGGUGAUGCCAACAACAAUGAAGGAAUUAUAUUCCUAACCAACCGCACACAACUGAUAACCGGCCAUGCGUUUUACCCAAACCCAAUCAUCUUCAAGAAAUCAACAAGAGAAUCUGCAAUAUCCUUCUCCACUUCCUUCGUUUUCGGGAUUAUACCAGAAAACCCGUUAGGUGGCCAUGGAAUCUCCUUCGUAAUCGCUCCACAACCUAACUUACCAGGGGCACUGCCGAUUAGUUACUUGGGCAUUUUCAACACAUCGAGUAUUAACCAUAACGACACCAGGCAUGUUAUAGCCAUCGAGUUUGACACGGUAUUGAGCCCUGAAUUAAACGAUAUGAAUGACAAUCACGUUGGCAUCGAUAUCGACAGCCCAAUCUCUGUAAUGUCCAUGCCUGCAGGGUAUUACUUGGACGAAAACGACCCAAAUCCUCGGAACCUGACCUUGAUUAGCGAUAAAUCUAGGCGGGUUUGGAUCGAAUAUGAUGGUGUUAAGAAACAAAUGAACGUAACAAUCGCAUCACUCGAAAUGAAAAAACCGUCUAAACCGCUUCUAUCUCUAUAUAAAGACCUGUCUCCGUACCUAAAUCAGAUUAUGUAUGUCGGGUUUGCAGCAGCAACCGGUACAAUUUUUAACCGACAUUAUUUGCUUGGCUGGAGUUUCAAAGUGAAUGGCCAAGCUAAGGAGCUUGAUCUCUCUCUGCUUCCAAAGACUCCUACAAAUGGCAAUAAGAAUAUGGAACAAAAUAAGUUUUUGAUAAUUGGGAUGCCUUCGAUUUUGGGUUUUGUUCUGUUAAUAACUAUUAUAGCAGCUGUGAUUUACUAUGUUAAAAGAAAGAAGAAGUUUGCGGAAGAAAUGGAGGAUUGGGAGCUUGAUUAUGGGCCUCACCGAUUCAAAUACAAAGAUCUAUACUUCGCCACUAAUGGAUUUAGCGACAAGCAAUUGUUGGGUAGAGGUGGAUUUGGGCAAGUAUAUAGAGGUAUUAUACCAAGUUCAAAAGUGGAAAUUGCAGUGAAGAGAAUGUCACAAGAUUCAUGGCAAGGGAAGAGAGAAUUUGUGGCCGAAAUCGUGAGCAUGGGUCGUCUACGCCAUCGUAACUUGGUCCAACUCAUUGGAUAUUGUCGACGAAAGAAAGAGCUUUUAUUGGUCUAUGAGUAUAUGCCAAAUGGAAGUCUAGACAAAUUACUUUAUAACAGACAACAUACUCUAAAUUGGAGCCAACGUUUCUUGAUCAUUAAGGGAGUAGCAUCGGGUCUUUUUUAUCUACACGAAGGAUGGGAACAAGUUGUCAUCCAUAGAGACGUUAAGGCGAGUGAUGUCUUGUUAGAUAGCGAGUUAAAUGGGAAAUUGGGCGAUUUUGGGUUGGCCCGACUACAUGCCCACGGGUCUGAUCCUCAUACCACCAAAGUAGUUGGUACAUUGGGUUAUCUUGCCCCAGAACAGAUGUGGACUAGAAAAGUGACUGAAGCUACUGAUGUGUUUUCUUUCGGGGCAUUUUUGUUGGAAGUUGCAUGUGGAAGGAGACCCGUUGCAAUGAAUGAAGAGCGGUUCAUUUUGAUAGAAUGGGUGUUCCGUUUUUGGUUAAAGGGUUUGAUUGUUAACGCGGUUGAUCAAAAAAUAGGCGGUGAAGUUGACUUUGAGGAGGUAGAAUUGGUAAUGAAGCUUGGUUUGCUUUGCUCAAAUAUGAACCCGAUGGCUAGGCCAACAAUGAGGCAAGUGGUGGAGUAUUUAGAAAGAGAUGUUGUGAUGCCGGAGCUCUCAUCGUUUGGGAUAACAAUCUCUUCAUUGACCUUUCCUCAUCGAGAAGAAAUCAAUGGUGAUUUAUAUCCUUCAACUUCAACUUCAACAGGUAAAACAACAUUUGAUACAUCAAUUAUGGCUGAAUCAGAUCUUUCCGGAGGUAGAUGAUGAUUUCAAUAAUUGUAUACAAUUACGAAAAACAUCUUUAUGUAUGUCAGUAUGUGUGCUUUUGGGCUGGCCAAUUGAUGGUUGCUGAUGUUGGUGUACGUAGUUUAUAGUGUUUUGAGAUAUGUGUAAG